UUGAAAAGAGCGGAUGCCAUCUCAUCCAUUGGCACCUCAGGACUGACGGACAUGAAAAAGUUGGCCAAGUGGGCAGCAGAGUCCAAGCUGGAUCCGAAUGACCCCAACAACGCCCCUCUGAUGCAGCUGAUCUCGGUUGCUACCAGUGGCGAAUCCUACGUCCCCGAUUUCUUUCGCCUGGAACAGCUGCAGCGGGAAUUUAACUUCGUUUCAGAUGAGGAACUGAAUAGAGCCAAACGAUUCAGGCUCCUGUGUCUCAGAAGCCAAGAGGUGCCAGAAUUCCGGAAUUAUAAGCCAAUCCCAGCAUAUGACCGAGAAAUCAUGGAAAAGGUAUUCCAGGACUAUGAGAAGCGGUUACGAGACAGGAAUGUCAUUGAGACCAAGGGCCACAUAGAUAGCCACCGGGCGGUAGUAGCCAAGUACCUCCAGCAGGUUAGGGAAUCUGUGUUAAAUCGUUUCCUAAUUGCAAAACACCAUUUUCUUCUUACGGAUUUGAUAGUUGAAGAAGAAGUUCCCAAUAUCAGUUCUGAAGGCUCAGGCAUUUUGGGCCUAAGCCUUUUCAAGCUGGCAGAACAAAAGCGACCCCUGAGGCCCAGGAGAAAAGGUCGGAAGAAGGUGACAGCCCAAAACCUGUCCGAUGGAGACAUAAAGCUGCUGGUGAACAUCAUCCGGGCCUAUGACAUUCCUGUGAGGAGACCAACCACAAGCAAAUUCCAGCAGCCAACAAGGUCUUCAAGAACUUUCAGGGAAAGGCACGCUGCUUCCCCAACCACACACAGCCCAACCCACAGUGCCGACUACCCCCUCGGCCAGGUUUUAGUACGUCCUUUUGUAGAAGUCUCUUUUCAACGAACAAUUUGCCAUACCACGACAGCCGAAGGACCAAACCCCAGCUGGAACGAAGAACUUGAACUUCCGUUUAGGGCCCCCAAUGGGGACUACAGCACGACCAGCUUGCAGUCAGUGAAAGACGACGUGUUCAUUAACAUUUUUGAUGAAGUGCUGUUUGAUGUUUUAGAGGAUGACCGGGAAAGAGGAAGUGGAAUCCACACGCGUAUUGAGAGACACUGGUUGGGAUGUGUGAAAAUUCCAUUUAGCACAAUAUAUUGCCAAGCAAGGAUCGAUGGAACAUUUAAAAUAGACAUCCCCCCUGUCCUCCUGGGCUACAGUAAGGAGCGGAGCGUGGUCACCGAGCGGGGCUUUGACUCUGUCCGCAGCCUCAGCGAAGGCUCCUACAUCACCCUGUUCAUCACCAUCGAGCCUCAGCUGGUUCCCGGGGAGUCGGUGCGAGAAAAG